UGGCAUUUGCAUUACAGACUUGAGUCCAAUCAACUCCUCUACAUCGGACUUCGCGAUAUUGAUGCUCCAGAGCUGAAGUUCAUAAAGGAGCUCAAUAUUCCGUACUUCACAAUGCACGACGUGAGGAGGUUGGGCAUUGGGAGUGUCAUGGAGACCACUCUCAGAACGAUAGGGCGAUUUUGUCCCAAUUGUCAAAUCCACCUCAGCUUCGACAUUGACGGCAUCGAUCCCAAGUACGCCCCCAGCACAGGCACCCCAGUGCCCGGUGGUCUGUCUCUGGAGGAGGCCAAGUACAUUUGCAAGACUCUUGGCCAAACAGCGGACUCUCCGCUUGUCGAGGUGUCCUCUGACCUGUCCAAAGUGGCAGAUGUAGAGAUUGGAGGUCUACAGGGUCUCCGCAUUCCUUCCUUCAGUCAACGUUGGCCAAUAAUUCCUUCUACUGGCCAUUUAGGUCGCCUGAAAUCGAUGGUGGUGGCCGAAGUCAACGCAUCUCUCGGCUCUGUGGAGGAAGCAAAGACCACUUUGCGUGCUGCCCUCGAGAUCAUCAAAAGUGCUUUGCUCGUGGAUUAG